AUGGUUGAUUACAGGAUUCCCUCUCUUAAAUGUAAGGUCUUUGUGACUUUUGCGAGGAACAACAUGGCCAUGCUUUCAGCUAUCUGCUGGGGAAGCAGCAUUAGAGCCAAAGACUCCAAAAAGCUUAACAAGCUUAUCAGGAAGGCUGGUUCUGUGCUGGGUUUUGCUCUGGAGCCGCUAGAGCUGAUUAUUGAGCAGAGAAUUAUGCACAAGCUGCUCAAUCUGUGUAAGUCACUAAAGAAUGAGGCUUUGAAGGUGGAGGCAGACCUCAACAUCCCUUCCUAUUGCAUCAAGACUCCUAUCCAAAGCAAAGCACUGAGACCGCCAAACCGGUCCAAUGCCCAAGCCAUCUUAAGGCAGCAAGGAGAAUACGGAGAGAGCGCUUCCCAGGCCGAGCCGCUUGACUGUCCGCAGCCGAGCGAAGCGGAGCCGUCUAUUAGAGCGGUGCCUUAUAGCCUUCUGGUUUACCAGUCAAGGUCGCCUCUGUUCCGAACCCUGUCCAGGUCGUCAAGUGGAUAUUUUUCGUUUGACAGUGAGCCGAGCUCCCCGCUUAUCACCACCAGCACGGGCACCCAGACGCCGAGUCCGUCAAGUCAAGUAAUAACUCACGCUUUGCAGCGCAUUUCCGAAGCGCAAGGCGCCGCGCAGAAUUAUGAGUUAUGGCCCACUCUACAUAACCACUAUCCACCCCAAGGAGCAGCAUCUGAGGGGGACAUGCACGCGGAGUUGUACGUCGCACAGGAGUUGCGGCGCAUUGGUGAUGAAUUUAACAGGCUUUAUUUCCAGAGGGCGGGCAGAAUUGGUGGUGCCCACCAGCCUGCCCACAACGAGCCUGCUGUCAUGCUGUGGUUGCGUCUCCUGAUUAGACGCUUAUUACAGCUCAUCCUGAGACAAUGAUGAUUGGCACCCAGCACACCCAGCAGACAUGUAGCACGUGACUGAACAUAUGUAAAUACAUAGCAGCAGAAGACUGCAGUCACUCUCCAGUCUUUCUUUGUCUGUUUGUUUUCUGUCUAUAGACACUACUGUACAAAGAUUUUCUUCUGCUCUUUUGCUUGGACAUUCCCUUUUUAGAAGAGAAUUUUGGAUAUGUAUGCACUGGAACCGGUUGGGGGAUUAUAGGACAUAACCUGGAGUCAUUUGCAUCUCUAUUUCCUGCAUAAAUCUGGAAAGCUGAGCCAUUAAAACACUGGGUUAAUCAGGAAAGGCCAACAGGCCACAGUCUAAGAAUUUUUCCCUUAAUAGAGGUGUGGAGAACAUGACUUUAUUACCUCAGUGCCCUUAUAUUUCU